GUGGACUUUGACAGCGCUCUGUCAAAUCAAAGAGUUUAGGUUCAUUUUAUCCUUGCCAUUAAGUGAUUAACGAAAUGUUAAUAUACCAAGUUAUUCAUCGUUUAAGGUUAUAAAAUUACUUUUUAACAGUUAAUAUCAAAGUAUGGUUUUUUUACGUGGGUGGAGAUAUGCAGCAUUUAUAUCCUGCAUUGGAGGCGGAAUUGGCGUAGCACUUUACCCGAUAAUUAUAGAACCAAUGAUGAAUGUCGAAAAAUAUAGAGAGAUUCAGAAACAUAACCGGGCCGGAAUUAGGCAAGAGGAAAUACAGCCUGGAAAUAUGAAAGUUUGGUCGGAUCCAUUUGGACGCAAAUAGGGACUUACACGUGUAAUUUUUUCGUAAAAUAAAAUAACUAGAAAAUAUA